GACGAGACGACAGGCAUCACAUCACGCUCCGACACACACGUUUCAAGAUGCUUCGUCGUCUGCAACGUUUAUCGAUGGACAAACAUCGGUGGCCCACUUGAUGAGCACGCGGAUUGAAGGCUGUUCUGCUGAUGAUCCAUUCAGAUCCAUCAAGCUUGACCGCCCCUCUCCAACGUGACGCGCCAGCUCUUCGCAGGAGAGCAGCAUUGAGACAUGCGCAAGAGUCUCUCUAAACUUGUCAAAGAAGUCAAACGACCUCAAAGCUCGUCAACCUAUCCUGCGUAUACGCCUCCCGCGCCUAUUGUGCCUCCUUCUAUUCCUCCAAGACCAGCCAGAAUGGCCACUGUUCCGACAGAUUAUCCUCGUCCAGACUUUGUCCGCAGUACUCUGCGUUGGGAGAGUCUCAAUGGCCCGUGGGACUUCUUGUAUGAUGAUCUUGAUGAAGGCCAUCUGAAGUCCUUCGCCACACAAGGCUUGCCAUCCCAUGCUUCCGCAGAAGGAAAGCCGAAUGCAAAGAGGACAAUCCAGGUGCCCUUUGUUUUCCAAGCUCCGGCUUCUGGUAUCCAUGAAAAGGGCGUACACCAAGUGCUAUGGUACGAGAGGAGGAUUGAGGAUCUGCGCAGCGCUGAAGAGAAGAGCAAUGGCUUCCGGCUGUUGCUUCGCUUUGGUGCAGUUGACUAUCAUGCCAUAGUCUGGCUUGAUGGACAUUCUGUAGGAGAGCAUUCCGGAGGUCAUGUUCAGUUUGACCUCGACCUCACCGAAGCGGUUGCGCAGUCGAACGCCUCUUCCCACAGGUUGACAGUAAGAGUCUUUGACUCGGCGUAUGAUCUAACACAACCUCGCGGAAAGCAAUACUGGGGACCCGAGCCAGAAAGCAUAUUCUACACGCCCUCUAGCGGUAUCUGGCAAUCUGUCUGGCUAGAGAGCGUGCCACCAGCGCGCAUAGUCGACAGCAGCUAUGGCAGCAUUCUCAAAUCUACCAGGAUUGAUGCUGGAGUUCUCGAUGCUCGUGUCUGCGUCUCUGGCAGACGCGUGGGCCAGAAUUUAUCAGUUGAGGUCGAGAGCAGCAUUGGCGGCGUGGUUGUCGGAGUUGGCCGCAAAGAACUCCCGCGGGAUGAGGACUUCGUGCGACUUGAUCAUCUGAACAUGAGGUUGUCAGAUGAGCACUUCCAGAAGCUGCCUCCGGAGUUUAGCAGAGCAGCUCCUCUCACAGACUUCCGCUGUUGGCGUGGGGGCGUGGCACUCUGGUCACCACAAUGUCCUUUGCUGUACGAUAUUACCUUGCGUCUGCUGGAUCAGAGUGGCAGACUUCUCGAUGAAGUGAGAACAACGGCUGGAAUGCGAUCCUUGAGCUGGAACAAUGGCGAUGGUACAUUCCGACUCAAUGGUCGGCCACUCUUCCAGUCUUUGUUGCUGGACCAAGGUUACUGGCCAGAGACUCUCAUGACACCACCUUCAUCAGAAGCUCUGAAGCGAGACAUCGAGCUUAGCAAAGCCAUGGGCUUCAACGGCUGCAGGAAACACCAAAAGGUCGAAGACCCUGUAUUCUUCUACUGGGCCGACCGCCUCGGCUUCCUCGUCUGGGGCGAAAUGGCCAGCUGCUACAAUUUCAGCGUAGACAUGAUGCACCGCUUCGAUCAAGAAUGGAUGGAAAUGGUCCGUCGAGACAUUAACCACCCAUCUCUCAUCACCUGGACACCCGUGAAUGAAAGCUGGGGAUACCCUGAUUUGGGCGGAAACGUUCGACAACGAGAUCAUAUUCGCAGUCUAUACUACAACACCAAGGCCUAUGAUUAUACCCGCCCGAUUAAUGACAAUUGCGGCUGGGAACAUGUCAAAACUGAUAUUUCGAGUUUUCACGAUUACGCUGAUGCAAACGGCAUGAGAGAUCGUUGCGCGUCGCUGAGGGAGAUCGUUGGUCGUGGAAGGUCGAUGUUCUUGGGACCUAUCUAUGGCAAAGGUCAACGAAUCUUGGAUUCGGGCUCAGUUCAUGAGACAGGCGCACCAGUCAUGUGCACUGAAUUCGGUGGAAUAAAUAUCGCUGCAUCCAACCACAGACCUGAUCAGCAGCAGCCAUUGUCUGGCAACACUUCCAAGGACGACAAACCUAAACGCCUCGAAGAACAAAUCAUGGGCGACGACAAGGAGCGCAAAGUCAACUGGGGUUACACAACAGCCAGUGAUGCCAAAGAUCUGCUGCGCAGAAUUGACGAUAUGGUGACGAGUGUUGUGCAGCAAGGCCAUGUUUGCGGGAUCGUUUGGACGCAGUUCUCGGAUAUUGAGCAGGAACAGAAUGGAUUGUAUACGUAUGAUCGUAGGGAGAAGUUUCCUGCUGCUGAGGUGAAGAAGGUCAUGGAGAAAGCUGAGAGACGGUAUCAUGAGAAGCUGGCGGAGUUGUAGAAUCUCGAAGACAGCCACGGCGAGGCAUACAGACGCAGGAAAGCAAGACCACAUCUGGCGCUUCGUUCCACAAUUUGGUGAGGGCUCGCUAGAGAGCGUCUCCAUUGAGUGCCAAUUGCUAUGUGUCCAACUUUCUCCUGACCAAUCGCCUGACUUCUGCGCCAAGGCUCUGGAUUACUAUGCAAUGCAAUCUUUUUGCAAUUCUUCCUUGCCGUGCCUCUUUCGAUGGAACUUCUCCGCGGCGGAAUAUUUUCUUUCGAUGUGUGUGCAAAUCCACUCUCCAAGAAGUCGAUCUCGUCUUGGAAAUAGGGGUCACUGCUCCAGUCCGUGCAUCAUGAUGAACGCAGUGCGCCAGGUUCCACUUCAGUGGAUGCAGUCUUGCCGAUAUCCACAGUUCCUGCUGGGAUCGGAUAUUGCAUGCCCUCUUUGCGGGGUCGUCGCCGGUCGCUUCAAGCUCUCACGUCGCGAGAUGCGCGCGCGAGGCGCGGUAUACUUGGUACAACAAUACCAGUUCGGAAGCCGAGGAACGCAACGACAUUAUUUAAACCUCGUCAGCAAGGCAACAUACUUUUACCCUUGUGUGGCGUGACCUCUGAAAACAGUUCCCGUAGAUGGGCUGCUUCGGCCUCUGUGUGUUAUGGCUCGUGCAUGCUCGGUGAAGUUCCAGACGUCGAACCGGU